UAAACCCAGGAAGGCAUGGGUGGCUCUAGGGCCUGCGUGACUUCGCCCGUGGGUCCCGCUGCUGUUUGCUUAAGUGGUUAACAGUUGGUUUUUACGACGAAUCAUUCGUGACAUGGCUCCUGGAGUGAGGCUGGGCCUGUGGGUCAGAGGCAGGGGGGCACCUUGGAGCGGGCAGUCGGGAGGCCAGGGCUCUCCGUCAGGCUUGCCCCUGACCUCUGCAGGCCUCGUCUGGAAAACGGGCGGGUUGGGCCGAGGGUUGUGACAAGUCCCACUGGAAUGUGAGCCGCAUACUCAGAACACAGGGGGAAAGCACCUCCCGGAAAGCCAGACAGAAGCUUGACGCCACAACCGGCUGCCUGCCUGUCGCCGGUCACAGAGAGUGCUGCGGGGCCUGCCACUUUGACCCCGGCCCAGAGAGAAGCUUCGGGGCCCACACGCAACAGCCCAACCUGGAAGCCCUUAGCCCGCUGACCUCUGCAGCCCCUGAACUCUGGACAAGUUGCCCACCCAUGCGCUUUGGAUCGUGAAGAUCUACAAGAAUCGUUCUGACUCAGGCCUUGCCAGCAGAACUCGGUGCCCAAGGAAAGAAAGAGUCUUCAGCAGGACCCCAUGGGCUCAGGCAGAAGAAGGGGGCCGGCCCAGGACUGGUCCGUGUCCCCAGCGCCUGCCGAGCCCCAGGAAGAGGCUGUGCUGUGCUUCCCUCGCCAUGAAAGCCGACCGGAAGCGCCUAAAGGGCGAGAAGACCGACCUGGUGAGCCAGAUGCAGCAGCUGUACGCCACGCUGGAGAGCCGCGAGGAGCAGCUGCGCGACUUCAUCCGCAACUACGAGCAGCACCGCAAGGAGAGCGAGGACGCCGUCAAAGCCCUGGCUAAGGAGAAGGACCUGCUGGAGCGUGAGAAGUGGGAGCUUCGGCGCCAAGCCAAGGAGGCCACCGACCACGCCACGGCGCUGCGCUCCCAGCUGGACCUCAAGGACAACCGGAUGAAGGAGCUGGAGGCCGAGCUGGCCAUGGCCAAGCAGUCCUUAGCUACGCUGACCAAGGACGUCCCCAAGCGGCAUUCCCUCGCCAUGCCGGGCGAGACGGUGCUCAACGGCAACCAGGAGUGGGUGGUGCAGGCGGACCUCCCGCUGACCGCGGCCAUCCGGCAGAGCCAGCAGACUCUCUACCACUCUCAUCCCCCCCACCCUGCAGACCGGCAAGCGGUCAGGGUGAGCCCCUGCCACUCGCGGCAGCCCUCUGUCAUCUCCGACGCAUCUGCCGCCGAAGGCGACCGGUCGUCCACGCCAAGCGACAUCAACUCCCCUCGGCACCGGACGCACUCCCUCUGCAACGGCGACAGUCCCGGCCCAGUUCAGAAGAACCUGCACAACCCUAUUGUACAGUCACUAGAGGAUCUUGAAGACCAAAAACGGAAAAAGAAGAAAGAGAAGAUGGGAUUCGGCUCCAUCUCGCGCGUCUUCGCCAGAGGGAAGCAGCGGAAGUCCCUCGACCCCGGCCUCUUUGAUGACUCGGACAGCCAGUGCAGCCCCACGCGGCAGAGCCUCAGCCUGUCGGAGGGCGAGGAGCAGACGGAUCGGCUGCAGCAGGUGGAACUGGUCCGGACCACCCCCAUGUCCCACUGGAAGGCUGGCACCGUCCAGGCCUGGCUGGAGGUGGUCAUGGCCAUGCCCAUGUACGUCAAGGCGUGUGCAGAGAACGUCAAGAGUGGGAAGGUGCUGCUGAGCCUGAGUGACGAGGACCUGGAGCUGGGCCUGGGCGUGUGCAGCUCCCUGCACCGGCGCAAGCUCCGGCUGGCCAUCGAGGACUACCGCGACGCCGAGGCGGGCAGGAGCCUGUCCAAAGCUGCCGACCUGGACCAUCACUGGGUGGCCAAGGCCUGGCUGAAUGACAUCGGCCUGUCCCAGUACUCUCAGGCCUUCCAAAACCACCUGGUCGAUGGGCGGAUGCUACACUCCCUGAUGAAGCGGGACCUGGAAAAGCACCUGAACGUGUCCAAGAAGUUCCACCAGGUCAGCAUCCUGCUGGGGAUCGAGCUGCUGUACCAAGUGAACUUCAGCAGGGAGGCCCUCCAGGAGCGCCGCGCCCGCUGCGAGACCCAGAACAUAGACCCCGUGGUCUGGACCAACCAACGGGUGCUCAAGUGGGUGCGGGACAUCGACCUGAAGGAGUAUGCAGACAACCUGACCAACAGCGGCAUCCACGGUGCUGUGUUGGUGCUGGAGCCCACGUUCAAUGCCGAGGCCAUGGCCACUGCCCUGGGCAUCCCCAGCGGGAAGCACAUCCUUCGGAGACACCUGGCAGAGGAGAUGACUGCCGUCUUCCACCCAGCCAACUCCUCAGGCCUCCGGGAGGCUGAGCGUUUCGGAACACCCCCAGGGAGGGCCUCCAGCGUCACCCGGACUGGGAAGGAGGAGAGCAGUGGCGGCAUUAAAUACAAGGCUGGCCGGCUGCCGCUGGGGAAGAUAGGAAGGGGCUUCAGCAGCAAAGACCCUGAUUUUCAUGAUGACUAUGGCUCUCUUCAAAAUGAAGAUUGUGGAGACGACGACCCCCAGGGCAGGCCAGAGCAGUGCCGGCUGGAAGGCUACAACGGCCUCGAGGUCACCAAUGUGUAAGGGACUGUCGCCCCACCAGCCCCAACACGGACACACCCGCGGAGGAAGGGUAGCCAGAUGCUGUCACCACUGCACAUAGUGGCCGCGGGCCAGGGAUGCGCCCCUCCAGGGCACAAUCCCAGCAGACUGUCGCAGUUUCAGAGGGGCGCUGCGAGGAACGAGGGGACACCGGCCUGCCUGUCUUCAGCGGGUUGUGGACCUGUCCGCUCAGUGGGAGGACCUGUCGGCCCAGCCUCUCUCUAACCCAGGCCCCACCCAGAGUGACCGCCAGCCACUGAGCAGGCCGGUUGGUCCCCGCGGCCUUGAACUGAGCUGCCGCGGUUGGAAGGAGGCAGGCAGUUCCCCAAGAGCACCCUCCCAGAAAGCGCAGGUGCGGCUCCAGCCGGACACACGGCACCCAGCAAGGGCGGUGCCAGGGACGAGCACAGCCUGAGGCUGACCCGUCGGCACGGGGGCCCUUCCAGCCAGCCUGGCGGGGCUCCUGGCUCCAGCACCUGUGCCCCCCACAACUGAGCACCCGGGUUCUGACUCAGCUCGCUGAAUCUCCCUUGGGAGACUGCAAAAUGGGGCGGCCACUCCCUUCCACCCCAAAAGCCAUGGGGCACAUGGGGUGGGCGCGGAGAAGAGCCUUUUGCCUGCUCCCAGGCGCGGCUCCAGCGCCGGGAGGUUGCGGGCGGGGCUUAGCAGCAAGGGUUCCAGGAAAUGCAGGUUUCCUGUCGUCAGGAGGGACAUCCUGAGGACGGGAUCCGGGCUGACUGACUCAGGCCGGCGACGACCAAGUUCGACAAAGGGGUUGGGAUUGGGGGCAGGGAAAUGCUUGUCACUAUUAACCCAACAAACCUGUGUGGUGAGGUCUCAGUCACCUGGAACGGGGGUGUGUUCAUCAUGGAGAUGAUUGACGUGGUGGAGAGCCCCCCCCCCCCCGCCCUUUUCCUGACUCUGCCACUGUUUGGCUCUGUGGCUUCUUGCCGGUGGCCUCACCCCUCUGUGCCUCAACACCUGCAUCCACAACACUUCCUGGUUCCCUCCCAGGGACAUUGUGAGAAUUAACACGUGCUAAUGUCUGUAACCCACUUUGUAACCUCUCAGGAGACAGGUGGCAAGCAACCAGGCUAGAAGGGAGCUCUGAGUUCCUACUGACAGCACCGGACUGACCUUGAACUGGUUCUCCCCAACAGUGUUCCGGUUGGAACAACAUGCACAAGGAGGAAAGGAAUGCUUAAUGUUCAGACUCUCUAGAGCCCCCAGUAGGGCUUGACCAAAAAGAGAGAGAGAGAGAAAAAAAAAAAAGUCCACAGACACAACCCUUGAAAACCAGUUGGAUCUAUGUGUUCAGGCUCGAGUCUGUUGACCUCAGCGCUGAGUGAUGACUUGGGAGGGACGACAUGCACUGGAGUUCCCCUGACACUUUGGUUGUCAAAGCGAAUCCUUUGUUGGGACCACGAUGCUCGACCGCCAUUGGGGCCAUUCGCACCAGAGUCAAUGACAGGCCUGAACUCCCAAGACUUGAACAGGUGUCGG